AUGAGAGUCCUUGCAGUCCUCGGCCUUCUGGCGAUUGCCGUGAGUGGCGCGACAUUCAACCAGCCCGUCCUCUGGGAGGACCUGGCGGAUCUAGAUAUCUUCCGUGUCGGGGAUAUAUUCUAUUAUUCGGCAUCUACCAUGCAUUACUCACCUGGGGCACCCAUUCUUGAGUCUUCCGAUCUUGUGAACUGGGAGUUCAUCGGCCAUUCGGUACCCUCACUUGACUGGGGUUCCAAUUAUGACUUGAAUGGAGGUCAGGCAUAUGUCAAGGGAAUCUGGGCUUCAACCAUGAGAUAUCGCGCAAGCACCGGGACAUGGUACUGGAUUGGAUGCAUCGAGUUCAGCAAGACCUAUGUCUUUACCGCGUCUUCAGCUACAGGGCCAUGGAAACAGAGUAGCAUCAUUGACACAUGUUAUUAUGAUUGCAGCCUACUCAUCGACGAUGACGACACCAUGUAUGUGGCAUACGGAGGCACCCAAAUUCACGUUGCUCAACUCUCCUCCGACGGGCUCAGUCAGGUCAAGACCCAGCAAGUUUUUUCAUCGACCGUGGGAUCGAUCGAAGGAUCACGCUUCUACAAAAUCAACGGGGAGUACUAUAUUUUCAAUGACCUUCCUGCCUCUGCGGAAUAUGUCCUUAAAUCUAGUAGCCCAUGGGGUCCGUAUACUCAAAAGCUGCUCGAGAGUAACAUCGCCACACCGAUCUCCGGGGGCGGUGUCCCUCAUCAGGGAGGCAUUGUUGAUACCCCGAAUGGCGACUGGUACUACAUGGCAUUUGUGGACAGCUAUCCUGGAGGCCGUGUCCCCGUUUUGGCGCCUAUUACCUGGGGCUCUGACGGGUUUCCUGUCAUCAGCACUGCCAACGGAGGUUGGGGAACUUCCUAUCCUUAUCCGGUGACGCCUCAAGUGCUAUCCAGUCCGACUGGGACUGAUAAUUUCCAGGGGUCUUCACUUGGCCCCCAGUGGGAAUGGAAUCACAACCCGAAUCCAUCUUACUACUCCAUAAACAACGGUCUUACAUUGCGCACAGCUACAGUGACGAAUGAUCUAUACGCAGCUCGAAACACUCUCACACACCGUAUCUUAGGCCCCCAAUCGUACGCUACCAUCGAGCUCACGAUUGGAAGCAUGCUUUCGGGGGACCGCAGUGGGCUGGCAAUGCUUCGCGAUUCCUCCGCCUAUGUCGCCGUCAUCAACAAUGGUGGUACUUUCCGCAUUAGCAUGGUGGAGGGACUAACAAUGGAUUCCAGCUGGAAUACUCUGUCAACCGGAUAUGAAGUUACUGGACUCAACCUCCCUGCUGGGACCUCGAAAGUCUGGCUGCGCGCCUCUGCCAACAUCCAGCCAGGUAGUGGCCGGACUGCCACCUUUUCAUAUAGCACUGAUGGCUUCACUUUCGUAAACAUCGGUACACCGUACGUACUAAACAAUACGUGGAAUUUCUUUAUAGGUUACCGGUACGGAAUUUUCAAUUAUGCCACUGCGGAGCUAGGGGGGAGCGUGGCUGUCAAUUCCUUCAGCAUGGAGAGUGGACUUCCGUCCACCACAACGGCGGUUCAAACUAGCACGACCACCGCAUCGCACUCUAGUACUCUCACAAACGUCCCAACCAGUACAACUGUGCUUACUCAAACCGAAUGGGGACAAUGCGGGGGAAGUGGCUGGGUAGGACCAACCGCAUGUGCUGCAGGAUCGACUUGUUCGUCCGCAAACCCGUGGUAUUCUCAGUGCUUGUGA